AUGGGCGGCGUCAAGCGCGCCGCGGCGGACGACCGCGUCGAGCGCGCGCUCGACAGGUUCCGCCGCGUGAUCGCGGACCCGGCGGUCGCGAAGUACCACGCGGAAGCGGCCAAGCCGACGCGCGCGCCGACGCCGCCGCCGCCGCCGCCGACGACGACGACGACGACGGACGGCGCGGCGAUCGCGAACGAGAUCGCGACGCAGAACGACGACCCGAACGUCCUCCGUCCUCCGCCGCGGACGAUUUCUCACCGCGCGGAGGACGGCGCGGCGACGACGCGCGAGGACGCGCGCGACGACCGCGCGUCGCUCGUCGACGCGCUCGCGCGCAUCUCCACCGGCGCGUUCUACUCGCCCCGCGGCGGCGGCGGCGGCGGACAGACGACGAUGACGACGACGACGCGGCGCGACGCCAGACGCGCCGCGCUCGGCGACGCGCACGUCGCGCGCGUCACCCGACGCGGCGAGCCGGAGCCGGCGUAUAAGGAGUUCUGGCGGCAAGAGUGCGCGUUCGCGUGGGGGGACGAGUGGGACGCGAAUCACUCCGGGCGUGCCGCCGACGAUUCGAACUCGAACUCGAAAUCGAAAUCGAACGCGAACGCGAUGCGAUACUUCUCCGCUGAGGACGCCGAGCAUCGCGGCCGACGAAAGUUCAUCGCGUCCACGCUCGAUGCGUUUUGGGCGAGGUACGUGAACGUCGCGUGGGAUAAGCGGCACUUCUACGAGCUCAUACGCGCGGACAGGGCGUGUCAUCUGUACUACGACCUAGAGUAUUCGAAACGCGCGAAUCCGAGCGUGAGCGACGCCGACGGCCGCGCCGCGACGGACGCUCUGAUUUCUCUGACGCUCGAGGAACUCGCGCGGGAAGAGGGCAUCAAAACGGAAGAUGGCGAGCCGUUACGAGCGUCGGACGUCGUCGUCGAGCUCCAGUCCACGAGCGCCACGAAGUUCUCGAGACACUUGGUGUUCAAACUCCCGGGCGCGGCGUUCGCGAACGCGGCGCACGUCGGGCACUUCGUCCGUCGGCUGUGGAAACGCGUCGCGGAGACUCGCGAAACCGACCCUCGAUGUGCGUUACUCUUCGUACGCAAGGAUAUCGACGACGAGGUCGCCGCGACACCGUUCGUGGACUUGGGCGUGUACACGAGAAACCGCGCGUUCCGCGUCUACCUGUCGUCGAAAUUCGCCAAGCGCACGCGUCUGCUGCCGACGCAUCGACUGCUUCGCGUCGGCGCGGGUCAGAGCGUCCCCGCGACGGAGCCCGACCGAGGCGUGUUCUGCGGCUCGCUCGCGAGCGUCGUCGACGACGCCGACGCCGCGCGCGUGAUCGAGUACGAGGGCGUCGGGACGCGCGGGGCGGCGUACACGGGCCGGGUGCUGCGAGGAUUUGGCGGAUACGGCGGCGGCGGCGGCAGAGUUCGGUCUUCUUCUUCCUCCGCGACGACGGGCGUCGAAUCGCGCCCCCGCCGGGGUCCCGCCGCGAAUCUUCCUUGCCCCGAGACCGUCGCGUUCGUGUGUCGCGACUUCGACGCGUGGUCCGCCCCGGGCUCGUCCGGCGCGGAGGUGCGGACGUGGGCCGCGUACCCGGACCACGGCGUCGUCGUGCUGAACAUGCAGGGGAACCGGUUUUGCGAAAACGUUGAUCGCGCGCACAAGAGCAACAACGUCGUGUUCGCGAUCGACCUGCGCGAGGGGGCGUACUACCAGCGGUGUCACGACCCGGAGUGUCGCGGGUACCGAGGGAGGUAUCGCGCGCUGCCGUCGGAGUUGGCGCGGGAGGCGGUCGCGCUGCGAUCGCUCGGCGGCGGUGGCGAGGGAGAGGGAGAGGGCGAGGGCUACGCGCCGCCUCGGAUAGACUCGGACGACGACGACGACGAGGACGGGUUCUGGGCCGCGGCGGCGGCGGCGACGGACGCGGCGACGCCGAAGGCGGCGUGGGAGCCGCCCGCGAUCGACGACGACGAGGCGUUUUGGGAGGAAGCCGUCGCGCUCGUCGAGCGAACGGAAUAGGUAGGAGCGAGAGGGUAGCGGUUAGGUUAUCUUAGAUGGCGACAUUUAUAUCACCAGACUUGCAGACGUC